GUCGAAAAGAAACCCUACAAUCCGUCUAUGUUGAUGACGAGAGACAUCAGACUUACGACAAGAAGCUUUGCGUAGCUCCACACGGGAACGACGACACUUCACCGUAACGACCAUGAAUGGGAGGUGACAAGUGGCUUUGUACGUUACGCAUUCAGGCCACUGAAUCUCUUGCGCUUCCACGACUCCAGCCUGCGGUUUCCCCGGACACAUCUAGACUAUGGCGCCCUUACUCCCCUCAGCGCUUCUGUGCUGUCUCUUGUUAAAGGGGGUAGCAGCGUUCUACCUUCCUGGAGUUGCACCCUCCUCCUAUUCCGAGGGCGAUCUAGUACCUUUGACAGUCAACGCACUUACUCCCUCAAUUUCACGUCAUGAUGAGCAGAUCCAUGCCGUUGUCUCCUACGAUUACUACCACCCUGCAUUUCGGUUCUGUCGACCAGAGAAAGGGCCACAACGGGUCCGAGAGUCACUGGGAAGCAUAAUAUUUGGAGAUCGGAUCCAAACUUCGCCGUUUGAACUGCAUAUGGCACAGAACGAAACAUGCAAGAUGAUUUGUGACAGUGGGAAUUUCGAUGAGAAGUCGGUCAAUUUUGUGAGAUCCAGGAUCACCGAAGCAUACAAUGUCAACUUGCUUGUCGAUGGCUUACCUGCGGCCGAACUGAGAGAAGAUCCACUUACACAUGAACGAUUCUCUAGCCCUGGCUUUCCGCUGGGCAAAGUAAGAGAGGAUGGGGCGAUCAUCCUGAAUAACCACUGGGACAUUAUCAUCGACUACCACCGGGCUGGCCUCCGAGGCACCAAGUACCGUGUGGUGGGUGUCUUGGUCCAGCCGCAGUCAUAUUCGGAGUCCAAAGCACUGGGCGAGGGAAAGGCGGAAUGCGCCACGAACUCAGGACCAUUAAUGCUGAAAGAGGGAGCAACGACACCGAUCACAUAUACAUACAGUGUCUAUUGGCGCCCUUCAGACACUGCCUGGGCGACCAGAUGGGACAAAUACCUGCACAUCAUCGACCCCAAAAUCCACUGGUUUUCGCUUAUCAAUUCCACCAUCUUCGUCAUCUUCUUGGUUGGGAUGGUGAGCAGCAUCCUGGUGAGGGCUUUGCGCAAGGACAUUGCUCGGUACAAUCGAUUAGACAAUAUCAACCUCGAUGAUCUUUCGGGCACUUCCGCCGUGGACGACGAUGUCCAAGAAGAUUCGGGAUGGAAGCUGGUGCACGGCGACGUCUUUCGCAGCCCUCGAUACAGCCUAAUGUUGAGUGUUUUACUUGGCAAUGGAGCUCAGCUUUUCGUCAUGACUGGCGUGACGGUCGCAUUUGCCAUGCUGGGGUUCUUGUCGCCAUCAAAUCGAGGUUGGCUUACCUCAAUCGGGCUUCUUUUGUACACGCUAUUCGGCUGCAUCGGUGGCUAUGUCUCUGCCCGUGUGUACAAGAGUUUUGGUGGAGAGAACUGGAAACUUAACAUAGCAGCCACUCCGAUGUUUGUACCUGGCAUUGUGUUCGCAACCUUCUUCCUACUCAAUCUCUUCGUCUGGGCCAAAGGAUCAAGUGGCGCGGUACCAUUCUCGACAAUGCUGGCAAUCAUCGCAAUCUGGUUUGUGAUCAGUGUCCCUCUCAGUGUUGCUGGCGCAUGGUAUGGAUUCAAGCAGCCAGCAUUCGAAGCUCCUACACGCAUUAAUCAGAUUCCUCGGCAAAUACCGCCAGUCACACAGUCACUCCGACCUUUGCCGUCGUUGCUACUGACAGGAAUCCUGCCUUUCUGCGCUAUCUUCGUGGAACUGUACUUCAUCAUGACGUCGUUGUGGACAAGCAAGAUCUACUACAUGUUUGGGUUUUUGUUCAUUUGCUAUGCCUUGAUGGUCCUGACGUCCGCGUGCACUACGAUCUUGCUGGUGUACUUCUUGCUAUGUGCGGAGGACUAUCGAUGGCAAUGGCGGGCAUUCUUGGGUGCAGGCAUGACUGGUGGAUAUGUGUUCUUAAAUGCGCUAGGGUUUUGGGUCACUCGGGUCAGUUUUGGCGGGUUGACUGGAGCUGUCCUUUAUGUCGGAUACUCUGCACUCAUCAGCUUCCUGGUGUCUGUAUUGACCGGCACUAUUGGUUUCUUCGCAGCCUACGCAUUUGUUCAUCGCAUUUACGGCUCCAUCAAGGUCGACUGAGAUCUUGACCGGGUUCUGACGAAUAGCAUGGCCUGGGUUGGGGCAAUAUGCCAAAAAUUCAGAGAGGAGUUGGGCCCAUAGAUAAUGAUGAGCAGACACUGUACAUGUACAAUAAACACCAAAAGUAUGCUGGAUGUGGUCACUAUCCUACAUGAGUUAGAACAAGGGUGGACAAAGACAACAAUUCGAGCUUUCGUGGCUUGGAGGUCGGGAGAUGCAGGUACAAACAAAGUUGAACACUCUGGAACGAAAUUCCGGACGAUACUCCGUACCCCAAGCUCAUUGCGGAUUUUGAAGCCGAACGUAUCAUGACUUACGAGUAC